AUGUCAUCGAAGUCCUUGUCCGACAGAAUUAGCUACAAUGCCGCAAUCAGCAGCUGCAAGUUGCAGUGGAAACAUGCUUUAGCUCUGCUGACCUCCAUCUCCUCGGAGCAGAUGGAUCCCGACGAGAUCAGUUUCAAUGCCGCCAUCAGCGCCUGCGAGAAAUGCGGGGCUUGGGACGUGGCGCUCGCGAUUCUGGGUCUGAUAGCAACCAGCGGGCCGGCCGGACCCGGGAUCAUCACUUUGAAUGCUGCCAUGAGUGCAUGUGAGAAGAGCCAUCGUUGGACUGAAGUGCUGGAGCUUUUCAGCCAAAUCCAACUGUGGCAUCUCAGCCCUACAGAAAUAAGUUGGCAGGUGGUGCUCGGGGCUUGCGAGAGGGCGACCCAGUGGCAAGCCGCCCUGCAAGUGUUGGACCACAUGAUCUCUGACCAGAUCGUUCCGUCAGGAACGGCUGCAGGAUCCAUCCUUCACUCGCUUCGCCAGACAUCCGCCGCAGCUUUGGAGACAGUAUUGUCGAGGCUGAAGAGCGUCUGGCUCGAAAUGGUCGAUGUGCCAGAGUUGCCCAGGUCACUCCAGGAGGAGUUCUCUGUCGUAGCCUCGGCCCCGGGGGUCUUCGCUGUGGCGAAACCCGAAGGUGUCAGCACGGAGCAGUUGGUGGAGCAGCUGGCAGUGUCACUCAAGGAACAUGGCUUCUGCCUCUCUGUGGUGUCGCGGCUUGAUCAACCGACCUCCGGAGUGUUACCCCUUGUCUUGGGAGCGGAGACGUCCCCUUCCGGGCGAUGGUGUGAAGCACAGUUUGCGGGGCGGCUCGUCAGCAAGCACUACAUCUGCCUUUGCGAAGGCAGAUCGUUGGGUGACGUUGGAAGCAAAGGGAACAUCUCGGUGCCUCUACGAUCUGUGCAAGUGGAUGCGGACACUUGGAUUAGCGAGGUCUGUGGGCAGGAGGUCGCCGGGCGUGAUUCCUUCACUUCCUACGAAGUCGUUGGUCGAUAUUCCUCGCCGAGUACGGGAAGGGACGAGUUGAUGCUGCUCCGUGUGCAGCCCAAGACUGGGAGGAGACACCAAAUUCGAGUGCAUUUUGCCAGCAUGGGGCGUCCGUUGGUUGGGGAUUUAACUUACGGUCGUCAGUCUGAGACCUUGAUGCCACAGUGCCUCCGCCUCUUUUUGCACUGUGCCGAGGUCCGUUUUUCGGCACUGUUCGGUGCGUUUCAUGCCAGGGUCGAACUGCCCCAAGAGUUGAAGGAGUUGCUGGAGUCGCUGGGACCGGGAGAAAAUUCGACAGCAUGCCCAGCGAUACUGGAGGCCCGGGAAUUUGCGAAGAACAUUCCCAAGCCGAAGUUGGCGCCGAAGCAGGUAGUGGUCACAGCGACCAAGAUGGAAGAGGAAGAAGAGGUGGUACAGGAAGCUUUGGGUGGGUUUUGCAUCAGCCUCGUCUUGCAGCUCGUGCAAUCUUGGGAGCCAAAUGUUGUUCCACCAUCGGACCGUAUCACAGUCCGCAGUGCAGCUGGUGAUGUUUUGGUGGAGUUGAAAGUGCACGACUUGGAACCCGCGGCCAGGUCAUCCAGGUUAUGGCAGGAAGUUGAAAAUCAUCUCCCUCUGGGCCAGUCAGUCAGCGGCCUCCGCUUCAAGGGAGAACUGCUGCCUUCAACGAUCCGGUUAUGUGACCUUGAUUUGCCAGCAGUGGUGGUGGCGAGAACAAAGGUCCGACGACCGCAGCGCUACGUAACCCUGUGGAAUGGCGGGACCCCAUUCCUGGUGGAGCUGCUUUGCCGUUGCAAAACUCGAAGAGUUGCAGUGUUUCCUCACUGGGAGAAGGAGAGACAAGAAUGGUUGGAAGGUGAAGGUACCACAGAUCCACCGAAGUGGAAGAGGCGGCGUUUGGAGAGCGAGAGCGAAGAAGAGCGGGACUUGUCAGGCGGAUACGGCGCCAGGCUACGUGAUUUUGGUUCGCCGGUGCUCGACAUGGAAGUGGAGGAUGUGUUCAUUGGAAGGAGCGAAUUGGAAGACCUAACUCGGCGCAGCCUAGGAUUCGGACCUCAUCUUGAUGGCAACGCCAUCCUCUUGAAAAGAUGUGACAGGGAAUACAUCUUCAUCGGAAAGGAUCUGUUUGGUUUCACGGCGAUGUCAGAGAUUGUGAAAUUUGCAUCUCCAGUCGGCCUCAGUUCGGUACCGUAUACAUUCGCGGUGGAUGAGCAUGGUCGCCACUACCUCUUUUUGGAGAAGGUGAUUCUGGAUAGCGUGCCCGAAUCUGACAAAGAGAGACUGGGACCCUCCCAGCCAUACUGUCAUCUCUAUGAAGACAUCGUGUAUGACAAGUGCAAAUUUCAGCUGCGGUACGGUCGCUUCGCAAUCACGUACAAUCUUCCGAGCAGGAUGCCUCAUCAGCAGAAUCCCAAGUAUCAGAAGAUUGUGAAUGGCAAGGUUGAGGUGAUCUCGCGAGAUAGAUUUGAAAAGCUGUUGAAGAAGUGGUUCAAAGCACAUGGCAUCUCCCACAUGCAGUGUUGGAAGGUCCGGCCAAAUGGUGACUUCGGGGAGCUUGUAACAGCAUCUUCCUAG